AUGGGCGAUGUGGGUGGAGACUUGGGACGCCAGUGGAUGUGCGUGCUGGCGCGCAUGUCGGACGAAUUCAACCUGUAUGAGAAGUGCAAAGAGUCCUGGCAAUUCGAAAACCCUGACGGCUGGAGCCACUAUGACCACAAGGGGACAUUUCUUGUUGCAGCACGAACCAAAUUUGUGCUUCGGGAGUCAGCGUGCGAGGUCGUGAUGGUCGAGAUGGUGUUUGACGCUGAUGUUUUGACUCGGGAGCAAGAGUUUGACGCCGCCGCGGUUCAGUUCAACGACUGGACUGGUAUUGGCAGGGAGAUGAACGUACCUGUCCAGGUUGGAUUGGACAAUGAAGCUUAUGUGAGGAACCGGUAUUUGCAGAGGAGAUCGUUACUGCGGGAAUGGAACAGAAUCAAGUGA